GGUUAAACUGUCGCGUUACUUACUUUGGUAUGAAUCCCGGCUAAAACGUGAUGUCCUCUUGGAGAUAGAGAAUGCGUUAGUACGGUCUCAACUUCCUUUAGUUAUUCCUUCCAUUCCCCCGCAUACUCCAGGUCCCCCGACCACCUCGCUAAAUUUCCGAAGCUUGGUUUUCCUCCACCACGUCGUAACCAAGUUGUAACUACGAGCUCUGUUGCUGAUCAUGAAACCUGUAGCAUCACCUAUCGCAAGAAACUCAUUUGGUUAUAUUUUUUCAGGUAUACGGACACGAAAGACCCGAACUGUCUCAUAACCAAUGGAACAAGCUCUUUCGCCCAGUCUGUGUCUGCGACUCGCACCUUCAAACACCCGCGUUAUCGCACUAUGGCCCACUGAGACUACAAGGAGACUAGGGGAAGUGUGAGGCCGAAUAUUCAGCGGUGAAGAUACGAGACACGUGGAGGGAUCACCCAAAUAGCUCCUAGUUCAUAGUAUACGGUCCGCCGGGGCUCCCUGUGUUCCCAUUCCAAGCUCCAAGGGCGCCUGCACUAUGCCCAGCAUCUUCUCGAGACUAUCCAGCCGGCGAUUGCGGUAUUGAUUCUCAUGACUUGACUUACCGGCAGCCAUGAUCCAUGUCUAUGUCGCCUUUCUGCUUGUGUUCCUAGUUGUGCUUGCUGCAGGUAACGACGACGGAGGAGGCUUGGCAAAACAUUGUCGCUUCACAAUAGACGGCCAGAGCUUCGACUUGUGUCCGAUAUUCGAUGCGAGGGAAAGAGAAGAUGGAUGGACUGUCGAGACCGAGCGACAAACUCCUCCGACCAUUACGAAGACGCAGUACAAGUUCGCGUUAGACAAACCAUUGAAGAAAGACGGGACUCUGCCUGCACACGAACAGUGCCCGGACGGGACGUGGAUAUGCAUGAUCAUGUCAAACCGUAGGCCCCACCAUGAAUCUGAACCGCCUCGUAUCCUCCAGGUCAUUCCUGUAGCAGGGAGGGUGCAGCAGCCGGACGAUCAGACUCGGUACACCUCUGGACUGAAUGUAUCGGCGUCGUUGACAGACGGCAGGCAGAAAUCACGUCAUAAAAUACUGAAAGUUCGCUUGCACGGUGGAUACUAUGUUGACAAGGCCCAAGCGGCCGAUUUCUUUUUUUAUUGUGACCAUAAGGCCACUGAGCCAACAUUACCGACAUAUUUCUACAAUUGGUUUGGUACACACGCCUUUUCAUGGCGUACCAAACAUGCUUGUCCCAUAGGUCCGACCAAUGAACCUGAAGAACCACAAUCACCAGCCGAUGAAGAAGAGCCCCCACCUCCAGGAGACGGAGAGAAUGACCUCAUUAACAUCCCAAGUCGAACGGAUAGACCGUCAAGGUCUAGUCUGACGAUACUCUUAUCAUCAACCACCAUGGUGCUCAUCCUGAUCUACUUCAUCUACUAUCCACCUCGUGUCCUGCGCCGUUUCAUCUCCUCGUAUCUGAAGUCUCGACCCUCACUUCUGCGAUUCCGAGUAGGCGAGCGAGUACUUGUGCGCUGGGCGCAGGAGGAUCUGGAACUUCAGGACGACGGGGAGGAAGAUGUCAUGGUGAACGGCGGCAGGGACGCGGAGAGUAUUUUUGUCGUGGAUGAUGAUGAAGAGGAACAGAUCCCGUUGAAGCCUUCUCCGAGGAAGACGAAAGGGAAGGGACAUUUCGGUUAUGGGAGUAUGUCAUGAGUCCCGCACGGGGCAUUGAAAGAACUCGAUACUGAUUCUAUCCACGGUUCGCUGUCUAUCCCGUGGUUUCGCAUUUCAUGUACUAAUGGACUGGUUUGGAUAUAUUCGGAUGUGUUUUUAGAAUGGAUGCAAUUACUCAUGUCUUGUAGAUUACGAUUCUGGCUACUCUGACCCCUUGAUUGUAGAACUAUGCAUCUUGCCUCCAUUGAACAUCUUGAACAUGCCUACCAGUCAAAUUCACCCAGACCAUAGGACUCCCUCAAGAGCUUGAAAUCCCACGUGGCAAAUGGGAUUGUGGCGAUGCCCGACUUCAAUUUGAUUCGCAGCGUCAAUUUCAAUUUAUUGUUUUCUUCCGUCUUUCACGUCGUGCGGGUACAAUACGAGAUUGCAUUCCCCGGAUCUCUCACUAACGAACAGCACCCAAGGAUGUCAACUAUACUACCCCCGAGUCGCCGCUCCUCAGCGGCGACUCCCGCAGGGCAUAUCGUUGACGACGCCUCCUGCGAAUUCCAAUAUCUACCGUCACUGCAAACCCUCUGAACGACUCAGCCUCUACGUCUUGUGAGGCAAGAUUGCCGAGCUUUCCAUGCUUGAUGAUUCCGACCCUGAUGCCAGCCCACAUCGAAGGAUACGAGACCGUGCCGUGUUGUGUCAUUAGGACCCUAGUAACGUUCUGGAAUGGUGUUUCCCUACAACCUGCAACACUAAGGAUAUCGCUGCGCAUGUGCUCCAAAGAAUGUCUCGUAAAGUACGUCGUCGUUACCGCAAUUG